AGAGCUAGCUCCACAGGAACAGCGUAGCAGUAGCAUGUUGGGCGCGGCAAGGCAAAGCCAAGCCAGCGGCACGAUAUAAGCUAGGAAGAGGAGGAGACGCCGCUGCUCCUGCCCGCUUACGUACCUAAUAGCCGCCAGCAGUGUUCUGCUUGCUCGCUCUCAUCGCUUCUGCCCAUACGCGCUUGAUCUGCUCCGCUAGCUUAGCUGCGUGCUCCCUCGGUUGGCCGUGCGGUCCGGGUCGACGAUGCGUGCGCCGGCGGGGAGGAGGCGGGGCUCCCAGCCUCGCGACGAGGCCGCUCACUUUGUGAUGAGCGAUCUUGCGCUAAGCGACGACCACGCCAUGCUGCUCCAUGGCCAUGGCCGCGGCGAAUCCAAGAUCUACCCAGGCCAUCGGGCCGUGUUCUCGGCAAAUCCAAGAGCCGUACAGGGUGGUGGCGCCAACGAAUCACCACGCCAAACGAGGAGUUCAUGUGCACAGGCAAUUUGGAAGAACGACGCUGCUCUCCUCCCGAUGAGUGCGGAAGCAAAACUGUUCUCCCCCGACGGGUACGCUGGAAUCCGCAACGUCUCAGGCGUUUUCUGCUCACAAGAAGGGGGUCAUAUCGAUGCUGUGCCAGCGCAGGACGAUCAGCACAAGAGCAGAGAGAGUGAUCUUCUCCUCUUCGACUGGCCUGAGCUGGAUGACUUGGAGGAUCUCGACACAGACCUGAGAAAACUCGAUUCGGCGUUUGAGUUAGGGAUCGAUUACUUUGAUCACCCGAUGUGGUCCUCCAUUUGCUCGCCGGACGUUCAGCUCGUGCCGAGCAGCCACUCUGACAACCCCCAUCCGUCCAAUGUUGCGAACGAUCAGCAGCUAUCCUGGAAGAAAGGAAAGGACACGCCACUGAACUCGUCUUCCUCCUCCGUGGAGAUCGAGCAUUUCCCAGGGCUGUCAGACGCCGACCUCCUCUGCCCCUUCGACUUCCAUGACAUGCUCGUCCCAACAUCGUCCAGCGUCAUGUGCAACGACGAGAUCAUCAUGUCUUCCUCCGCUGCUCGCUCCAGCAUCAUGUGCAACGACGAGAGCAUCAUGUCUUCCUCCGCUGCUCGCUCCGGGGCAGACGACCUCGUCUCGGCGUACGUUUCGACGAAGAAUAGUCAGCCGCGUGCGACUCCGGACAUGAUCCUGGACGAGAUGGCCGGGAACCCGCUCGAGAUGUACUUCCCUCCGCUGGCCACGUGCGAGCAGCCUCAGGUGCCGAUGAGUGGCACCGCCUCGACGCUCGCCGGCGACGGUGCUCUGAACGGUGCAGCCAUGCACUCUGGCUCCAAUGGGAGGAGGAGCUCGGGCGGGGUGCGUGAGAACGCUCGGCCAUCGUCUGUUCCGGAAGCGGCGCCGGUGCCGGUGAGGCAUCUCGGGUUCCAGAAGCUUCAGGAAGGCAUGAAUCAGUUGGACGUGGGAACCAAGGCGUGCAUCAGAGACGCCCUGUACCGGCUGGCCUACAGCGUGGAGCAGAGGCAUCAGGCAGUGGAACAGAACGUGGGCUCCUCGGCUGCAAACAGGCUCAGCACAUCGAGCGUGUGGGCGGAGACCGAGAGGAGCCCCAUGGAUCGCUCCGUGGCGCAGCUUCUUCUGCAGAAGCCGCUGGAUCGGAGGACGGCGAAUCGUGCCGCGUGAUAAUUUCGUCGUUCGAUCGGGGGAUCUCCUGGCGUAGUGGUUCAGUCAGUGGCACCCGUUAAUUCUGAUUCUACUGCAGAGUAUGUGUAUGUAUGUACGAACAGCGUGUAAAUGUGGUACGUAUGAUGGAAGUCUAGCCUUUGACAGUCUGAGCGCUCGCGUGUUAU